AUGGCGCAAGCGAGUCCUAUCACAGACGUGACCCAGCGGUUAUUUGCGGAUCUGAAGUCGAAGAACGAUGAUAUCAAGGCCCGAGCUGCCUUCGAGCUCCACGACAAUGUGGUUGCCGUCUCACGAGAUUGGCCGUCCGAGAAAUUCAAUGAGUUUUACAACGCCGUCAGUCAGCGGAUCGCACAGCUCGUAGUCACUGGCAGCGACGCCAAUGAACGAGUCGGCGGUCUCCUCGCCCUCGACCGACUGAUCGACUUCGACGGAGUGGAUGCCGCUCAGAAAACCACACGAUUCGCCAGCUAUCUCCGAAGUGCUCUCCGAAGCAAUGACAAUGCGGUGUUGAUGUGCGCGGCCCGAUCGCUUGGACGACUGGCGAAACCUGGCGGGGCGCUCACUGCGGAGUUGGUAGAAAGCGAGAUCCAAUCUGCCUUGGAGUGGCUUCAGUCGGAGCGCCAGGAAAGUCGACGAUUUGCUGCUGUCCUGGUGAUCCGGGAGCUAGCUAAGGGCUCCCCGACCUUGCUUUAUGGCUUCGUGCCUCAGAUUUUCGAGCUUGUGUGGGUCGCACUUCGAGACCCGAAAGUGCUUAUCCGAGAAACAGCUGCCCAGGCUGUGGGAGAGUGUUUUGAAAUCAUCGUGGCCCGAGAUUCAUCAGUCCGCCAAUCGUGGUUCGCGAGGAUCUAUGAAGAAGCGCUGCUGGGACUGAAGUCCCAUAAUAUGGACUGGAUCCACGGAUCUCUCCUCAUCCUGAAGGAAUUGUUCCUCAAAGGCACAAUGUUCAUGAAGGAGCAUUACCGAAAUGCCUGUGAAAUUGUGCUCCGUCUCAAGGAUCACCGGGAUUCAAAGAUCCGCAACCAAGUCGUCCUCACCAUCCCUAUCCUUGCAUCAUAUGCGCCUGCCGACUUCAUCGAAUCCUAUCUACACAAAUCCAUGGUUUACCUUCAAGCCCAACUGAAGAGGGAGAAGGAAAGGAACGCAGCCUUUGUGGCUAUUGGCAAGAUCGCCAAUGCAGUGGGGCCUGCCAUAAGCGGAUAUCUUGAUGGAAUCAUUAUCUACAUUCGUGAGGGACUCGCAAUGAAGGCGAGAAAUCGGGCAGGAGUUGAAGAAGCUCCCAUGUUCGAGUGUAUCAGCAUGCUUUCGCUGGCAGUCGGGCAAACCCUCAACACCCACAUGGAGCAAUUGCUUGACGCCAUCUUCGCGUGCGGCCUUAGCAAAUCGCUCACACAAGCCUUGGUCGAUAUGGCUCAUUACAUCCCUCCCAUCAAGCCCGUAAUCCAGGACAAACUUCUCGAUAUGCUGAGUAUUAUACUCUGUGGCACGUCAUUCCGACCACUUGGGUGCCCUGAAAACCGACUUCCCCCUAUGCCGGCAUUUGCAAGGGAUUUUGGUCCCCAAGAAAGCUACUCUGAUGCCGAAAUCGCACUCGCUCUACAUACCCUAGGAAGCUUCGACUUCUCUGGUCACAUCUUGAACGAAUUCGUUCGCGAUGUUGCGAUCAACUAUGUGGAGAAUGACAAUCCCGAAAUCCGAAAAGCAUCGGCCCUCACAUGCUGUCAGCUGUUUGUUCACGAUCCGAUCAUCAACCAGACUAGUGGUCACUCAAUUCAAGUUGUCAGUGAAGUCAUUGACAAAUUAUUGACGGUUGGGGUCGGUGACCCGGACCCUGAGAUUCGACGUACGGUUCUCUGGUCCUUGGAUCGGAAGUUUGAUCGACACCUGGCGCGCCCCGAAAACAUUCGUUGCUUGUUCCUCGCGGUGAACGACGAGGUCUUCGAAGUCAAGGAAGCUGCUAUCUGCAUCAUCGGUCGUCUGUCUAGCGUGAACCCAGCUUAUGUUUUCCCUCCACUGCGGAAGCUGCUAGUCAACCUUCUAACCGGACUUGGCUUUGCGAACACUGCCCGCCAAAAGGAGGAAACUGCUCAGCUCAUUAGCUUGUUUGUAUCCAACGCAACCAAAUUGAUCAGGUCAUAUGUCGACCCGAUGGUUACCGCACUGCUCCCCAAAACAACGGAUGGCAAUCCAGGCGUCGCUGCCACGACACUCAAGGCUGUGGGAGAGCUUGCCAAUGUUGGCGGAAGCGAGAUGAGACGCUAUCUGCCACAGAUCAUGCCCAUAAUUUUGGAGUCGCUCCAGGACCUUUCCUCUCAUACCAAGCGAGAGGCAGCUCUACGGACGCUUGGUCAAUUGGCUGGUAACGCUGGGUAUGUGAUCGACCCGUAUCUCGAGUACCCUCAUCUGCUUGAUGUCUUGAUCAAUAUCAUCAAGACAGAGCAAACAGGAUCCUUGCGAAAAGAGACAAUAAAGCUUGUGGGUGUGCUUGGCGCUCUAGAUCCCUAUAAGUACCAGCAGAUCAGCGAUGUGGAACCCGAUGUUCACCAUAUCAAUGAGGUUCAAAAUCCCUCGGAUGUUGCCUUGAUCAUGCAGGGCCUUACUCCGUCAAACGAGGAGUACUAUCCCACAGUGGUCAUCCAUACACUGCUCCAGAACAUUCUCAGAGAGAAUUCUCUCGUGCAGUAUCACUCAGCAGUGAUUGACGCGAUCGUUACCAUUUUCAAGACUUUGGGCUUGAAGUGUGUUCCAUUCCUCGGACAGAUUGUUCCUGCAUUCAUUUCGGUUAUCAGAAGCUCCCCCGCAAGCCGACUUGAGUCUUAUUUCAACCAAAUGGCUAUCUUGGUUAACAUUGUGCGUCAGCACAUUCGUGCAUUCUUGCCUGAAAUUAUUGACGUUAUCCGCGAAUUCUGGGAUGCGUCAUACCAGGUACAGGGUACGAUUUUGUCCUUGGUGGAGGCUAUCUCCAGGUCCUUGGAAGGAGAGUUCCGAAAGUACCUCGCUCGCUUGAUUCCUCUCAUGCUGGACACCCUUGAGAAAGAUACUACGCCCCGCCGUCAGCCAUCGGAGAAAAUUCUCCACGCUUUCCUGAUCUUUGGCUCCAGUGGUGAAGAAUACAUGCACCUCAUCAUUCCUGCUAUCGUGCGCCUCUUUGAACGACCACAGCAUCCUCAGAGCAUUCGCAAGUCGGCUAUUGACAGCUUGACGAAGCUGUCGCGCCAAGUCAAUGUCUCUGAUUUCGCUUCCCUUAUGAUCCAUUCUUUGUCACGAGUCGUGGCCAGUGGCGAUCGUGUCUUACGCCAAGCUGCUAUGGACUGCAUCUGUGCUUUGAUCUUCCAGCUUGGCCAGGACUUCACCCACUACAUCAACCUCCUGAGCAAAGUUAUCAAGCAGCACCAGGUCAGCCAUGUGAACUAUCAAAUUUUGGUGACAAAGCUUCAGAAGGGCGAUCCACUCCCGCAGGACCUCAACCCGGAGGAAAACUACUCCUUCCCCUCCGAUGAUACUAAUUUUGCGGAGAUUGGACAGAAGAAGAUUGUCGUCAACCAGCAACACCUCAAGAAUGCCUGGGAUGCUUCGCAAAAGUCUACUCGAGAAGAUUGGCAAGAAUGGAUUCGCCGCUUCAGUGUUGAGCUCUUGAAAGAAUCGCCAUCGCCCGCACUGCGAGCCUGUGCCAGCUUGGCGGGUAUUUAUCAACCCUUGGCCAGAGAUCUUUUCAACGCUGCCUUCGUGUCUUGCUGGACCGAGCUGUACGACCAAUAUCAAGAAGAACUGGUCCGCUCCAUUGAGAAGGCCCUCACUUCGCCGAAUAUUUCGCCGGAAAUCCUCCAGAUUCUUCUCAACCUGGCGGAAUUCAUGGAACAUGACGACAAAGCUCUUCCCAUCGAUAUCCGGACUCUAGGCAAGUAUGCUGCUAAGUGCCAUGCUUUUGCCAAGGCGCUCCAUUACAAGGAACUCGAGUUUGAGCAAGAUCAAAAUUCUGGCGCCGUUGAAGCUCUAAUCACCAUAAACAAUCAGCUGCAGCAAUCCGAUGCCGCGAUUGGUAUCCUGCGGAAGGCACAGGCAUACCGCGACGUGGAGCUGAAGGAAACAUGGUUCGAGAAACUGCAACGCUGGGACGAAGCUCUGGCUGCCUACAAACGACGCGAGAAGACGGAUCCGGAUUCCUUCGGCAUUACUAUGGGCAAGAUGCGCUGUCUGCACGCUCUCGGUGAAUGGAAGGUUCUGUCUGACCUUGCGCAAGAGAAAUGGAACCAGGCAUCUUUGGAACACCGCAGGGCCAUUGCUCCCCUUGCUGCGGCUGCUGCAUGGGGCCGGGGCCAGUGGGAGCUGAUGGAUUCGUACCUGGGUGUCAUGAAAGAACAGUCUCCUGACCGAUCUUUCUUCGGCGCUAUUCUUGCAAUCCAUCGCAACCAGUUCGAGGAGGCAAACAUGUAUAUCGAGAAAGCACGGAAUGGUCUCGAUACCGAACUUUCGGCCUUGCUUGGAGAGUCAUACAACCGGGCAUACAACGUGGUUGUCCGCGUGCAGAUGCUCGCCGAACUGGAGGAGAUUAUCACUUACAAGCAACAUGUGGGCGACCCCGAGAAGCAAGAAGCCAUGCGCCAAACCUGGAACCAGCGCUUGCGUGGAUGUCAACAGAACGUGGAGGUGUGGCAGCGCAUGCUCAAGGUCAGGGCUCUGGUCACUGCACCUCGGGAGAACCUGGACAUGUCCAUCAAAUUUGCCAAUCUCUGUCGCAAGUCCAACCGCAUGGGUCUUGCAGAACGUUCUCUCGCAUCCCUGGAGACAGUUAUCAGAGAUGCCAAUGGUACACGCACCAUUGUACCUCCCGAGGUAACCUAUGCUCGAUUGAAAUUCGGUUGGGCCAACGGCAGCCAACAUGAAGCCUUUGAGGAGCUGAAGAGGUUUAAUAUGGAACUCAGCGAGGACCUUGCCAAGUUCAAUACACUCCUGGCUUCGCAAAACGAGAAUCACGGCAUGAAUGGUGUCAAUGGCAUCACAGACCCCAACCACCCGGACGCUGUCAGCCUGCAAGAACGAGUUGGGGAUGUAGCGAAGGCCAGAAAACUUCUCUCCAAGAGCUACCUCAGACAGGGGGAAUGGCAAAGAGCGCUUCAAAAGGCCGAAUGGGAACUAGAUAAUGCUCGCGAGGUUCUUGGCGCCUACUCAGCAGCCACACAGUACAACCGCGAUUCCUACAAGGCCUGGCACGCUUGGGCUCUUGCAAACUUCGAGGCAGUGCAGACCAUGGAAAGCCAAGCGAAACAAGCCAAGCAAGCCAAAGCCAAGGGCGACGACAAGCCCGUGCCUGUGGCGCUGCCUCCUGGGAACGUUCUAGAUUAUGUGAUCCCCGCCAUUCGUGGUUUCCUGCGGUCAAUUGCCUUAUCCUCCGCAUCGUCUUUACAGGACACACUGAGAUUGCUGACGUUGUGGUUCGCGCAUGGUGGCGAUCAUGAAGUCAACACCGUAGUCACCGAAGGUUUCACGACGGUUAACAUUGAUACCUGGCUUUCUGUCACACCGCAACUUAUCGCUCGGAUCAACCAGCCCAACAUCAGAGUCCGUGGCGCCGUUCACAGACUCCUCGCUGAAGUUGGCAAGACCCAUCCUCAGGCUCUGGUGUAUCCGUUGACAGUUGCCAUGAAGUCCAACGUUGCUCGACGCUCACAAUCUGCGACCAAUAUCAUGGAAAGCAUGCGCCAGCAUAGCGCCAAACUUGUCGAACAGGCGGAUCUUGUUAGUCACGAACUGAUCCGAGUUGCGGUGCUGUGGCAUGAAUUGUGGCACGAAGGUCUGGAGGAGGCUUCCCGUCUCUACUUUGGGGAUCAUAAUGUUGAGGGCAUGUUCGCAACACUUGCACCUCUUCAUGACAUGCUUGACAAGGGUGCCGAAACUCUUCGCGAAGUUUCGUUUGCCCAAGCCUUUGGACGUGAUCUUGCGGAAGCUAAACACUACUGCAUGCUCUACCGCCAGACUGAGGAAAUUGGUGAUUUGAACCAAGCUUGGGACCUUUACUACACCGUGUUCCGCAAGAUCAGCCGACAGCUCCCGCAACUGUCGAUUCUUGAUCUCAAAUAUGUCUCUCCUCGCCUCAAGGAUUGCUCCGGUCUGGACUUAGCCGUACCUGGAACGUAUCAAAGCGGUCGACCGAUUAUUUGCAUCGUCAGCUUUGACCCGAUUCUGCACGUUUUGCAGACUAAGAAGCGACCAAGACGGAUGACACUCACGGGUAGCAAUGGUCUCUCCUACAUGUAUGCACUCAAGGGUCACGAAGAUAUUCGGCAAGACGAGAGAGUCAUGCAGCUCUUCGGACUGGUCAACACACUUCUGGACAACGAUAGCGAAAGCUUCAAACGCCAUUUGUCUGUUCAGCGUUUCCCCGCUAUUCCGUUGUCGCAGAGUUCUGGCCUGCUCGGAUGGGUGUGUAAUAGUGAUACACUACAUGCUCUCAUUAAGGAGUACCGCGAAAGCCGCCGUAUUCUGCUUAACAUUGAGCAUCGGAUCAUGCUUCAGAUGGCUCCGGAUUAUGACAGUCUCACGCUCAUGCAGAAGGUUGAAGUCUUCGGGUAUGCCAUGGACAACACCACUGGCAAAGAUCUCUAUCGGGUGCUGUGGCUCAAGAGCAAGAGCUCUGAGGCCUGGCUUGAGCGACGCACCAACUACACCCGAUCCCUCGGUGUCAUGUCCAUGGUCGGAUACAUUCUUGGUCUGGGUGAUCGUCAUCCUUCCAACUUAUUGCUUGACCGCACAACUGGCCGCGUGGUCCACAUUGAUUUCGGUGACUGUUUCGAAGUGGCGAUGCACCGCGAGAAAUAUCCCGAACGAGUUCCAUUCCGCCUGACUCGUAUGUUGACUUUCGCUAUGGAAGUGAGCAACAUUGAGGGAAGCUACCGCAUCACGUGCGAGGCCGUCAUGCGUGUUCUUAGGGAGAACAAGGAUUCCCUCAUGGCUGUUCUAGAAGCCUUCAUCCACGAUCCCUUGAUCAAUUGGCGUUUGGGUGCGCAGGAGUCUCCCGAUCGAACGACUCUUACCGCCGAACGCCGCCAGUCCAUUAUCGAAGGCCUCAAUUUCGAGCAUAUGCAGUCAAACAGCGUGUCUCGCCCCCGCCGGCCAUCACUCAUCGACGGCGGCAUUCUUGACAUCCAAGAUGGCGGAACUGAGGCUCGUGAGGCACAGAACGCUCGUGCUCUCCAGGUUCUUGCACGAGUCAAGGAGAAGCUGACUGGUGCCGAUUUCAGACAGAAGGACGAACUGAAUAUUAGCGACCAGGUUGACAUGCUUCUUGCACAGGCCACCAGCGUGGAGAACAUCUGUCAACACUGGAUCGGCUGGUGCAGUUUCUGGUAA